GACGCAACGUGCGCAGGGGGCGUGGCCUGUCGACUCAAACUAGGAAGUGAUGCAGUCAUCAGACUGAGUGGAAACAACAUCAACUCGGUGUGUCUAAAUUAUACAGAGCCAUCCACCCAUAGCCCGUCCUUUGUUCCGGUGUUUCCCGGUGGACGGUGAGACGCAGCAGCUGAGAUGUGGAUUCACCCAGAGGAGGUGCUGCUGGCUGGGGCUCUGUGGGUCUCUGAGCGGGCCAAUCCCUUCUUCGUCUUGCAGAGGAGACGAGGACACGGCCGCGGAGGGGGGCUCUCCGGUCUCCUUGUUGGGACUCUGGAUGUGGUUCUGGACUCCAGUGCCAGAGUAGCUCCAUACAGGAUCCUGCUGCAGACUGCAGACUCUCAGGUCUACUGGAACAUUGCCUGUGGCUCAUCCAGGAAGGAGAUCACAGAGCACUGGGACUGGCUGGAGGCCAACCUUCUGCAGACCAUCUCCAUCUUUGACAACGAUGAAGACGUCAUCACUUUUGUCAAAGGGAAGAUCUCUGGGAUCAUUGCAGAGGAGAACCGGGAGAAGCAAGGGGAGGAGCAGGAGGAGGAUUGUGGGAAGUUUCGGGAAGCAGAGCUGAAGAUGAGGAGGCUCUUCAGGAUGCCUGAUGAAGAGAAGCUUGUGAAUUAUUAUUCCUGUAGCUACUGGAAGGGAAGAGUCCCACGGCAGGGAUGGCUUUACCUGUCUGUCAACCAUCUGUGCUUCUACUCCUUCCUACUGGGCAAGGAGGUGAGCCUAGUGGUGCAGUGGACAGAGGUGACCCAGCUGGAGAAGAACGCCACCCUGGUGUUUCCAGGAAGCAUUUGUGUCAGUACUCGUCACACUGAGCAUUUCUUCUCCAUGUUCCUCAACAUCAGUGACACUUUCAAGCUGAUGGAACAGCUCGCCAACAUAGCCAUGCGUCAGCUGCUUGACAAUGAGGCGUUCGCCGCCGACCGCUCGCUGCCCAAACCCUGCAAGACGCUCAAGAACGUCUCUGCGCUCAAGAGGGAUUUGGACGCCCGGGCAAAAAACGAGCAGUACCGGUCAAUGUUCCGGCUGACACAGGAUGAACGUCUGGAUGGACACACGGACUGCACACUGUGGAUGCCGUUUGCUAAAAUGCACGUGGUCGGACAGUUGUUCAUUUCCAACAACUACAUCUGCUUUAACAGCAGAGAAGACGACCUGUGUCAGCUCAUCAUCCCACUCAGAGAGGUCUCCAUUGUAGAGAAGGCAGACAGCAGCAGCGUCCUGCCGUGCCCUGUCUCCAUCAGCACCAAGAACAAGAUGAACUUCCUGUUUGCCAACCUCAAAGACAGGGACUUCCUGGUCCAACGCAUCUCGGACUUCCUGCAGCGAACACCUGACAGCUCGUGGGGUGACACCAGCCCGCUGUCUCUGAUUGGCCACUCGGCAUCCUCCGGUGUCCCCUCGUCCUUGUCUGCAGGAUCUGAAUCUGUUCACAGGGGGCGUCAUUACCACCCCGGUCUUCCUACAGCCAGUUGGGGUCUGCUACAGCUCUACCACCAAGAUGCUCAGGAGGACCUUGGACCCAAAGCCAUGAAGGAGAAGAUGAAAGAGGAGGCAUGGAAUAUCCAUUUCUCAGAGUUUGGUCGAGGCGUCUGUAUGUACCGAACCUCCAGAACCAGAGAACUCAUCCUUAACGGGAUCCCAGAGCGCCUGAGAGGGGAGCUGUGGCUGCUGUUCUCUGGAGCGCAGAAUGAGAUGGCAACCCACCCUGGUUACUAUGGUGACCUGGUGGAGCAGGCUAUGGGCCUGUGUUCACUGGCUACAGAAGAGAUUGAGCGUGACCUCCACCGCUCAAUGCCUGAACACCGAGCCUUCCAGAAUGAAACAGGCAUCGCUGCGCUGCGCCGCGUCCUCACCGCAUAUGCCCACCGCAACCCCGGCAUCGGCUACUGCCAGGCAAUGAACAUUGUCACCUCUGUCCUGCUGCUCUACUGUACAGAGGAAGAAGCCUUCUGGCUGCUGGUGGCACUUUGUGAGCGGAUGCUGCCGGACUACUACAACACCAGAGUUGUAGGAGCUCUGGUGGAUCAAGGGGUGUUUGAGGAUUUGACCCGGGCCUUCCUGCCCCAGCUGUAUGAACACAUGCAGGAGCUGGGGGUGAUCUCCACCAUCAGCCUGUCCUGGUUCUUGACCCUCUUCCUGUCUGUGAUGCCCUUUGACAGUGCGGUGCUGCUGGUCGACUGCUUCUUCUACGAGGGCAUUAAAGUCAUCUUUCAGGUGGCACUGGCUGUCCUCCAUGACAACAUAGACACCCUGCUGUCCUGCAACGAUGAGGGAGAAGCCAUGACCAUCCUAGGAAGGUACCUGGAUAAUGUCGUGAAUAAACAGACAGUGGCUUCGCCCAUCCCUCACCUGCAUGCCCUGCUUACCAGCGGAGAUGGCCUUCCACCUGAGAUCGAUGUGUUCGACCUCAUCAAGUCGUCCUAUGAGAAAUUUGGCAGCUUGCACUCUGACGUCAUUGAGCAGAUGAGGUUCAAACAGAGGUUAAAGGUCAUCCAGUCACUUGAGGAUACGGCCAAGAGGAGUGUGGUGAGGGCGAUGAUGACGGAGUCAGCCUUCAGUAUCGAGGAGCUGGAGGAGCUGUACUGUCUGUUUAAGUCCAAACACAUGACCAGCUGUUACUGGGGCUCCAGCAGCUCUGCAGCUGAGCGCCAUGACCCCAGCCUGCCAUACCUGGAGCAGUACCGCAUCGACCCGGCCCAGUUCACCCAGCUCUUCGCUGCACUCGCCCCCUGGACCUGUGGAGGCCACACCCAGACACUGUCAGCCCGUCUCUUCAGACUCCUGGACCAGAACCAGGAUGGUCUGGUCAACUUCAAAGAGUUCAUCACUGGACUCAGUGGGAUGUAUCAUGGAGACAUGACAGAGAAACUCAAAAUGCUUUACAAGCUCCACCUCCCACCAGCUCUGUGUCCUGAGGAGGCGGAGUCUGCUCUGGAGGCAACACACUUUUUCACUGAGGACGAACCACAAGAAUCCUCCUUCCUGUCUGAUCCGGACAUUUUGCAGCAGCAGGAAGUGACAUCAGGUGAGGAGGGGAAGGAUGGAAGCGGAGACAGUGAGGAGAAGAAAGAGGAGAAGGUGAGGGACUACAAGUAUUAUCUGAGAAUGUGGGCUAAAGAGAAGGAACCCAAGAAAGAGACCAUCAAAGACCUGCCCAGGAUGAACCAGGAGCAGUUCAUAGAGUUGUGUAAGACUCUGUACAACAUGUUCAGCGAAGAGCCUCUGGAGCAGCAACUCUAUCACUCCAUUGCCACCGUGGCCAGCCUGCUGCUGCGCAUCGGAGAGGUUGGCAAGAAGUUCAACAAUGGCAACAAGAAGCCUGACACCCUGACGCCUCAGACGGAGGCGGGACCUGGAGAGGGGGGGUCAGGUGAUUCUCAGAUGUGCCAAGCUCUGGCCGAUGCCCAGUUGGAGCCAGCGGCACCACAGACCUCCGAUGAAGAAACCAAGGACGACACAUCAGUAUCGUCGUACUCAGUGGUGAGCUCCGGCUCACUGCAGUGUGAGGACAUUGCCGAUGACACUGUCCUCAUCGGGGGUGGCAAGCAGAGACGGGCCAGCGUGCUGGAUGUAGAUUGGUCAAUCACCUUUGAGCAGGUUCUGGCAUCGCUUCUGACUGAGCCGCCGCUUGUUGACUACUUUGAAAAGAAGAGAGACAUCCAAAACAAGAUGGCCACCUGUAAGGCCCAGCGGGCCCUGGAGCGUCAGAUAAGCUCUGCCUCUGACCACGAACUAACCCAGCACUCUAUCUGACUUACCUUUAAUGGAUUCACCUUUAAAAACUCACCUGUACCUGUCUGCCUUUCUCACCUUUAUCUGUCCAUCUGACCACACCUGCACAUCUGUCUGCAGGAACACUAUGCUCAGGUGAGUCGGGGCUAUUACACAUCAUUGAUUUAAAGUCAGUUGAUCUGUCACCUCCUGAUUGGAGCAUACCUGAUGAGGUCACUCUGACAGCCUGUCUCUGAUUAGCCGAUUGGCACUGACUCACCUGUGACAGCUCUGACUGACCCUCUUCAUUAAGCCUGAGAUUCUGGACAAACCAGACCCCAUUAGAGGACCAGGACGCUGAGACUGAAACCAUGUGGUCAGUUUUAGAACUGGUUCCAGUUCUGUUUCAUGAGGAGGCAGGUUUCACCAGACGAGCUUCAUGUUCCCUGUAUUCACGUUAAAUUCUUCGAAUCCAUCAGACGAGUCAGAGUAGAACCACGUUCGAAGACCGAUCCAGGGACAGACGUCACAAUGAUUUGAUCAGACUCAGUGAUGAGAGGAUAAAAACAGCAGCCUGACUCUUUAAGAGAAACAAAUGUAACCACACCAAUCAAAACCGAUUGAUUUGUUUAUUGAGUCUGAUCAUUGUUGAUCAGAUAAUAACUGAUCACAGUCAGUUCUCCAAUCACACAGCAUUAAGUCACAGCAUCACUGUGAUGAUUUCACACUCUACCAGGGGCUCACAGCUGUUGUUAGUGAACUCAGCACUUCCUGUAGAUGGUUCACAAUUAAAAGCCUUGUUAUGGAAGGCUUUUAAUGCGAAAUAGCUGCAGAAAGUUUGUUUCAAGAAGGAACUAAAGCAACAAAGAUGUUUUAUUUAUGUUGAAUGCAGCUCAGCUCAGGAUCAGUACGCUGAGUCCUGGUGCUGUCUGUUGAUCUCCUGUUGAUUUAUUGAUCUUAUAUCUGCAGAUUAGAGCACCACCUGGCCUGAAAACUGCAAAACGAGCAGGUAAAGCAAGUAAAUGUUAUGCUAGCAGUACUACAGAUGUCCCAAAGUCCCAAAAAUUUUUUUCACAUGUUGAACCAAUGUUUUCUCAGAAGUUGAAGAGCAAAAUAAUUUGAAGAACACUGAUCUCCAUGUAAUCAAAUCAUUUCUCUCUAUAAUGGAGUCCCAAAACAUUUUUCUUAAGUGAAAGAAUGUGUGAGAUCAGGGUUCGGGUUCUGUUUCAUAUAAAUACUUGUUUGAAUGCUCUUUUAUGAAUAGACUGUGCAGGUCAGUGCAGGGGAAUCUUGACAAACUAGACAUGUAAGCAGGUAUUCCAGGGUCCUUUCACCUGACUUAACAAGAAUGAAACUUUAUUUAAGAACUUUAAAUGGCGUAACAAGAAAUAUUGUUAUAGUUUUUAAUUGAUUUUUAAGAAAAACCUUUUAAAGGACCAUUGCAUUAUUCAGACAAGAUGAAGAUCACACAGAGGUGAGAAUAAAUUUUAACUCUGGUGAAAUGACAGGAUCUUUUGGGGGGUGAAAUGUGAACACAAAUAUGAAACAUGUCGAUCUGAUUCAGUGUGACUUCCACUUCCUGAGGAUCUCUAAUGUCCCUCCAGAAUAAACCUCAAUAAAUCCACAUAGAAAGCAGAGGAGCAGAAGCUGCCUGAGAAUCCUCCUGUUUCUAAAUGUCCUUCUUAUCACAAUGAUCCAGCGGCAGCUGUCUGAACGUCCAUGGGCGCCCUGCACACAGGAGCUGCUUGCUGCUCACUCUGUAUUUUUCAUGCAAAAGUCUAAUUUCACACUGAGGUCAUCAUUGCUGUAAUUAUCACUGGGAUGGGGAUGAAAAAUGACCCACAGAUGUUCCAGGUGGGAUGUUUUUAAAGUGCAGUAAGUACAUUUCAGAUACAAUACAACACAUCUCACUCUUCUAGAAACCAAAACAAUAUGACCUAUAAACAGGUAUAGCUGUGUCCAUUCAUCUGAUGUAACAAAGUCAGAAGUUUAAAUAAAUUGAUUUUUGUAAGAAACAGACAGAAAAAGACAGGUGUGACAAAGUUUUCAUUACUUUUAAGAAAAUAAAUCUUUAAGGACUCGGUUACAUAAAAAAAUGACUGAAUACGGAACUCAACAGUUAAAUAAACAUGUUUAUUGUUUAAAUGUUUUCUGUACAGUUAGAUAUAUUAACUGCAUAUUAUUAAAAUUAUGAGGUCAUAUUAAUGAAUAAACUUGUGUUAUUGUUUCACAGGUGAGUUCACACCUAUAUACUUUGUUUAUUUUGAUAUCACUGAAGUCUUGUCUAUGUACCUGUGUCCGAUGAUAUCACUCCGGUUUACUUCCUGUGGAAUGAUGAUGUCAGAGGAUGCUUCAUUGUUUGUUUUUCCAUUAAUGUAUUACUAGCAAGCUGGAUACGGCACUGCCGAUCAGCUAAUUUUCCAUAGUGGCCACUCAUAGUAUUGCAACGAAAAAUCCCCAUGGCGGCCCACAAAACAUUUUCUCCAUAGGCCAGAAUGAUAAAAGAGAUGUCUGCAAAACUGUUGCCAGGAUACAUCAAGCUGUGAACCAGGUCACCUGCUGCUCUUUGUAUUAAGACUUUUUAACCCAUGGAGGUUUUAUGUUUGUAAAGUUUUAUUUUCAUGACAUCAUCCUAAUGUAAAGUUUAUGGACCAAGCAAGAGGCAACAGGGAAACACUAAUGAGCAUGUGCAGUGGGCCAUACAAUACAGAAGCAAACCCACAAUAAAAAACUUUUUUGGUGAAUGCGCCAGGCGAGCAACUUUCAGUGUGAGGAAUGGGCGCCAUCAUGAAAUCCAGGAUCCAUCUUCCUAAUAAUGCAUCCAUGUUUUUUCUCUCUGUUGUCUUCUCUGUAUUUAUUCACCUGCUUUUAAAUCUAUAGUAUUGGUCAGUUGUUGAUCUGUAUUGUGUUCUACUAAUAAAUACAGAAGGAACUACUUCUGUGGUCAC